CCCUCUUCCAGCAGUCCGUUCCGCCAUUCUUCCUUUCCCUGAGCUUGAAGCGGCGAUUUCAAUCCAGUCCGCGCAGCUCUGCCGUCAUCGUCGCCCUCACCUCGUGCUCGCCUUCCAGUUCUGAUAAUUGUUCCUUGUGAUUUUGUUGAAAGAUUCUUAAGGACUUUUAAGAUGCUGGCAGUUGAUCCUGCAAAAAAAUUAUCUUUCAAUCGAUUGAUUAGCAAUGGUGAUUUGGUUAUAGUUUAUGAAAGGCAUGACAACAUGAAGGCCGUAACUGUGUCUGAAAGUACUGUACUGCAGAAUCGAUUCGGUGUUUUUAAGGAUUCAGAAUGGAUAGGAAAGCCAUUUGGGUCUAAAGUAUUCAGCAAUAAGGGUGGUUUUGUAUAUUUGUUAGCUCCAACACCAGAGUUAUGGACUCUAGUUUUAAGCCACAGGACUCAGAUUCUCUAUAUUGCGGAUAUUAGCUUUGUUAUCAUGUACUUGGAGGUUGUUCCUGGUUGCUUGGUUCUUGAAACUGGCACUGGAAGUGGAUCUUUAACUACUUCACUUGCAAGGGCUGUUGCUCCUACGGGACAUGUCCAUACGUUUGACUUCCAUGAGCAACGAGCUGGAUCGGCCAGGGAUGAUUUUGAGAGGACAGGUCUAAGCAGCUUAAUCAGCGUGAGAGCAAGGGAUAUUCAGGGCGAGGGAUUUCCAAGUGAAUUUGCUGGCUUGGCUGAUGCCGUAUUUUUGGAUCUACCCCAACCGUGGCUUGCUAUUCCUUCGGCUGCAAAAAUGUUAAAACAAGAUGGUACAUUAUGCUCGUUCUCCCCAUGCGUUGAGCAAGUACAGCGAUCAUGCGAAACUCUUCAAAACAGCUUCACAGAUAUAAGAACAUUUGAGGUGUUGUUACGCACAUACGAAGUUAGAGAAGGGAAAAUGGAAAACCUUAAUGGAGACAACAAUGGUUCUAAUGGUUCUCUCCCUUGCAAGAGGAGGCAACGUUCCAAUGGAAGCUAUGUGCCGGACAGUAUUGUUUCUUCCGUUAUGGCUAGACCUUGUGGCGAAGCUAGAGGUCACACAGGCUAUUUGACAUUUGCGAGACUUAAAUGGCUCUGAUGAAGAGUGCUACCAUGUCCAUCCAUUUUUGUAGCAAGGAAAAUAGGUCAAUCUUAGUGCCUCCAUUCAAUUUGGCUAUGUGCAGAGACAAGGAUAACGUAGAGCAUUAAUCUAUUGUGGAAGUGCGGCUGUGCGGGUUUUCAAUGGGUUUGACUGCUAUUGACCGAUUUAAAUGCAUAAAUGAUCUAGUUAGGCUACAGUAUUACUAGUUUUUGACCGGUUCGGUCUAGUAGUUUUGAUACUAUGUAUUUUUUUUAGUAGGAAUCGGAUAUUUUUUUUCUUUGAUUUGUCUUAAUUAUUAUAUUUAGUUAUAAGGUAGAUUAUUCAA